GCAUACCAGAAGCGCGUGAUCGAGUCCACCAGCGCGUGUGUACCGUAAUGGCCCCCAUGGUCGUGGAACCAUUUCGCUGCUGUGUGACACCUCCCUGAACUUUCAGCUACAAAAGCCACUGGAGAUCUGAGGGAAUCCCAGCAUCGCUCUCCAGGCAGUCGCAGUGAUGAAGGUCCUGGCCCUCACCCUCCUCUGCCUCCUCAUUGCAGUGAAUGAAGCCAAAGUGCUUGAGAAAUGUGAACUGGCUCGAACUUUGAAACAGAAGGGGAUGGACGGAUACCAUGGUAUUAGCCUGGCCAACUGGAUCUGCACGGCAUAUCAUGAAAGCAGAUACAACACCGCAGCCGUGGGGCCACCCAACUCAGAUGGCAGCCGUGACUAUGGGAUUUUUCAGAUAAACAGCCGCUGGUGGUGUGACAAUGGAAGGCGCCCAACAGCCAAUGGCUGCAGAUCCUCCUGCUCCGCUUUCCUACGUGAUGACAUCACAAAUUCCAUUGAGUGUGCUAAGAGAAUUGUCCGUGACCCCCAAGGGAUGAAUGCCUGGGUUGCUUGGCGGAACCAUUGCAAAGGAAGAGACCUCUCGCAGUGGACUCGUGGCUGUGGAGUCUGAGUUCCAUGAUUCUGAAUGAGACCCAGCCUUUCUCUUGAUUUCCCCUUUGAUGAACCAGAUUCCUCUCCCUCUACAUUCAAAACUGAGCUUCUUCUUUUUAUGCAAGCCUUUGUGCCCCAGAAGGUAGAAAAGAAUGAAUGAGGGUGGAAAUGUAUGCGGGGCUGGGCUGUGAUUUGCUUGAGGUUGUGGGCUUCUCUGCUUGAAAAUCUUCAAUAAACUGAGCAUAAUAAACACUCUUUUCCUAUUUGAUGGGUGAAUGGGAGAGAAAAGAAACCCAAAGAUAUUGCUAUCAAACACUGCUCCCUUCCCCAAUUCCACUGAGUCCUCCUUGGUGAUCAAGCAAGCAGAAUAAUAAUAGUAGUAGUAGUAGUAGUAGUAGUAAAAUACCAUCAUCAUCAGGAGGUAGUUUCU